CGGGGCUGGGCUGCUGUAGUUCUCGGGUCCCGUACGUUGGCGGGCAGAUGGAGGUGGGGAGCUGCGUUUUGGUGCUCUUGAUCGUCUCACUCUCCCUGAGACCGAGUCCGGCGCUGGAGCCCAUUUCCACCUCCGCCUUAUUGGCCGGGGCGGCUUCCGUUGCCUAUUAUUAUUUCAACUGCCGUUUCCAGGAAUGUUGUACCAAGGACUGGAUACCGCUGGAUGUGAAAGGAUUAGAAGCUGACUUGAGGAGGCAGCUGUUUGGACAGCACAUUGCAAUUGAUGUGAUUCCAAAGGCAAUUGAAGGUUUCUUGAGCAACAAGAACUCAAGGAAGUCUCUCACCCUAUCUCUACAUGGCUGGACUGGUACUGGCAAAAACUUUGUCAGUAGAAUAAUAGCUGAAAGUCUUUAUAAAAACGGAGUGGACAGUAAAUAUGUUCAUCACUUUGUGACUACUUUUCACUUUCCCACUGCUGAACAUACCAGCAAGUACAAGCAACAGUUGCAGGAAUGGAUUCACGGGAAUGUUAGCAUGUGUAAGCGGUCCCUCUUUAUUUUUGACGAAAUGGACAAAAUGCCCCCCGAGCUCAUUGAUUCCAUUAAACCGUUCCUGGAGUACUACAACGACCUUGAUGGAGUGAGUUAUCGAAAGGCCAUGUUCAUCUUCCUGAGUAAUGCCGGUGGUGAGAAGAUAAAUGAAGUUGUGUUAAAUUUCUGGAACCGUGGGAUGAAAAGGGAAAAUAUUCAACGGAAAGACUUGGAGAACAGUCUGUCCUUAGAAGUCUAUAACAACAAAAUGAGCGGAUUCUGGCACACCAGUCUCAUCGACCAAAAUCUAAUAGACUAUUUUAUUCCUUUUCUGCCAUUGGAGUACAGGCACGUUGUGAUGUGUGCAAAAGCUGAGGUGCAAUCAAGGCAUUUUAAAGAUGUUGACGAAGUGGCCAUCAAAGUGGCAGAAGAGAUGGUAUAUUUUCCAAAGGAACAAAGAAUCUUUUCAACCAAGGGCUGUAAAACUGUAGCUGCAAAAGUGGAUUAUUGGACAACUGCAGUUUAAAAAAUGUAGAAUAUUUCCUUUUAGUUUUAAGUAAAUCCCUUUACGUAUCACGAUGAGGCAAAUUAAAUGAUUGUAUCCCUUUUAAUUUGGAGAAAUCCAAGCUGAAUGCAUUAAUGUUUACACAAAUGGCAGGCUUGAUCCCGGAGCUUUCUAAACUUUUGGGCCUCUUCUGCACAUUACUGUAUUUUCAAAAACACAAAAUUGAGGCUUAGAUUUUUGUGCCUUUUUGUGUUGGUAUAAAUGCUGACCCUUUGACAUAUGAUUGAAUGAAACUCCAGGGUUGUUUGCCAGUACUGCCUGAUGUUUCAGGCACUGAAGAACAAGUGAAACUCCUAAUUAUAGGGAAUGCUCAGUCUGCAGCCAAAAUUCUCUUGUUCCAUUUUACAUGGAGUUAGUGUGACAUCGAGCAUACAUUGAGAAAAUGCACUUAAUUUUUUUUUAAAAGAUAUUUUUAAUAAUCUGUGCCAGUCUGUGGAACAGACUGCACUCACAGGUCUGAGUUAUUCUUCAGAAUAUCUUUGCACAAUUGCAAUCGUGCCAGGACAAAAGCUUCCUGGCUUGCAAUUAAUAUUGUGUUACCCUGCUAUGCUUUUACUAAUUUUGUUAGAUACCUGGACAGUGAAAUUCUGUAAGAUGCAGUAGAUCAGGCUGAGUUAGAAAGUUGCACAACAAGACUGACUAGCUAAAAAUAUAAAAGAGUGUAAUUUACACCUGGGUAUCACACUAGCUGUACUGAAGGAAAGCAGGAAUGUUACGGAGAAACCUGUUACAACAUCCAUGUACUUGACAUAAGAAAUAGGAGCAGGAGAAGACCAUCUGGCCCCUCGAGUCUGCUCCACCAUUCAGUAUGAUAAUGGCUGACCUUGGUCUUCAACUCCACUUUCCUAUCUGGACAGUGGAAGUGUCAGCUUAGAUUUUUGUGCUCAAGUCCUAAAGUGGGUCUUAACCUGAAACCUUGUGAUUCAGAGGCAAGAGUAUUACCAACUAAGCCACAGCUGACACUGCUGUAUGCUCAGUGAGCUCCUAUCUACAGUGACCAUUUAACAACUGUUCCAACCACAAAUUGGAGUUGGGAAGUGAAACUGUAUUUGAUCUUUCAGGCAAGCUGGGGUUGGUCACUGAGAGAUGGGAAACAACAACUUUUGUGUAGCAUCUUUAACACAAUUAAAUGGCCUUAGGUGCUUCACUGGCAUUAUAAAUCAAAAUAUGACACCAAGGCACAUAAGCUCUUAGGAAAGAUGUCGAAAAGGGAGGUGGGUUUUACAUUAGGAAAGGUUUGACACUGUUCUGCGGAGUUUUUCAACCAUGGAUCUUGUGUCCCACAUUGCACAGAGUGGCUGUGAAGAACUUGGCUUAAUUCCGCUUGUCUGCAUCAAGUUGACUGUAAGUGUGCGGUGGAAAAUAGACUUGCAGUGAUUAUCCUUUCUUAUUCCACCUCGGACCACAAGUUAUACCAUCCAGCUGAAUGCAGCCUAUCUUUUGUUGAGAGAGAUAUGUACCCAGACAAUUGUGUCACUGGUUGAGGAUGCAUAGCCCUAAGUUAACUGUUUAGGAAAAAAAAUGUUCUAUUUGAAACAUUUAAAGCAAAUUAAGCUUAGAUAUAAAUUAGAAUUGGAUAAUUUUCUAUACGCCAGAAGAAAUGGUAAUCACUGACGAUAUGAUGGGAAGUUUUGGAGUGUUUGUCUUUAUUCUGAAUGAAUUUACACAAUUAAGCAAUGAUUUAGUACUUUUGGGGCAUUUAUCCCAGUAGGUUGGGUAUUUACAGUGAAAAAACUUAGGAAGGCAAAUACAAUGUUGGCAUUUAUUUCGAGAGGACUAGAAUAUAAAAGCAGGGAUGUGCUGCUGAGGCUUUAUAAGGCUCAGGUCAGAUCACAUUUAGAAUAUUGUGAGCAAUUUUGGGCCCCGUAUCUCAGGAAGGAUGUGCUGGCCCUGGAGAGGGUCCAAAGGAGGUUCAUGAGAAUGAUCCCAGGAAUGAAAGGCUUAACAUAUGAGGAACGUUUGAGGAGUCUGGGUCUAUACUCGAUGGAGUUUAGAAGGAUGAGGGAGGAUCUGAUUGAAACUUACAGAAUACUGAAAGGCCUGGAUAGAGUGGACGUGGGGAAGAUGUUUCCAUUAGUAGGAGAGACUAGGACCCGAGGGCACAGUCUCGGAGUAAAGGGAAGACCUUUUAGAACAGAGAUGAGGAGAAACUUCUUUAGCCAGAGAGUGGUGAAUCUAAGGAAUUCAUUGCCACAGAAGGCUGUGGAGGCCAGGUCAUUGAGUGUAUUUAAGACGGAGAUAGAUAGGUUCUUGAUUGGUAAGGGGAUCAAAGGUUACGGGGAGAAGGCGGGAGAAUGGGGUUGAGAAACUUAUCAGCCAUGAUCGAAUGGCCUAACUUCUGCUCCUAUGUGUUAUGGUCUAAAAAAGGUUUUGAUAAAAUGAUGGUCACCUUAAUAUGGGAAAAAUGUUUAAUCAGUCUGUAGUACUUUAGGAAAAUGUUCUUGUGUUGAGUUAUGCACUGCAUUGGGCAGUGUGCUUGCCUUUUCACUGCUGAAUUUUGAAUAUGGAUUAAUGCAUAGAUCAAUGGGAUAAAUUCUCUUUUCCUAUCUCUCUCUCAAUCACACACACAUCUUUCUCAUGCUGUCUCUGGCCAGUUGUCUGGCUCUUUCUUGUAUUCAUGCUCAUUGUGCUCACUCUGUCUUUUGCCUUUUGGUUUAAUCUAGAUCCCAGUGGGUUUGGCUCCACAGCAAUUUUGCACUAAAGGAUUUGUUCAGGCUAAGUUUGGAUAAUGGAAAAUGUCCCCAUGGAGCAAGUGUUACUGAAUCUUCUCCAAUGAUCACUGUAUUUAGAUCAUUUUUGUCUCCACUUUUCUUGUAUAUGUCAUUCGUGGCCUAAGUUCAUCAAAAAAAUAAAGCUUUUGACAGGGAAAUCCAAAGGUGACACUGAAAUAAACAGGUAGAGUACAGAAGAUGGAAGAAUACUUAUUUUUUGGAGGAAAGCUCCUGCUGAUGGAGCACUUGAUGCUGACACUGGGUGUCAAAAAAGGAGAAACUUGUCAGACUUAUAACCUAAUAACUUAUUUUUUGUGACAAUCUUGGCCUGUAUUUAUUUUUGUUUAUAAAUAACACUGUCAAUCUUGGUUUUAACAUUGUUUUUGAACUUGCUUUUUUACCCAAAUUUGUGAAAACUUACAUUUUCAUUUCAAAAUAAAACAGCUCUGUAACGCUA